GCCGCCACAAACCCAACCAAAAACUCCACCAAAAACACCACAAAAACACCACAAAACACCACAAAACACCACAAAACCACAACCAAAACACAACCAAAACACAACCAAAACACAACCAAAACACAACCAAAAACGCACCCGCCCCAUGUCCUCCACACAGCCCAGAACCUUGUACGACAAGGUGUUCGAGGACCACGUCGUCCACAGGGACGAGUCCGGGUCGCAUCUCAUCUACAUCGACCGCCACUUGGUGCAUGAGGUCACGUCCCCCCAGGCGUUCGAGGGCUUGAAAACCGCCGGGCGCGCCGUGAGAAGACCGGAUUGCACCUUGGCCACCGUGGACCACAACAUCCCCACGGAGUCGCGUGCCGAGUUCAAAAACGUCGAGACGUUCGUCGACCAGGAGGACUCCCGGUUGCAGGUCAUGACCUUGGAGCAGAACGUCCAGGACUUUGGCGUCACGUACUUCGGCAUGGCCGACGCCAGGCAGGGCAUCGUGCACGUGAUCGGCCCCGAGCAGGGCUUCACCUUGCCCGGCACCACCGUGGUCUGUGGCGACUCGCACACGUCCACGCAUGGCGCGUUUGGCUCGUUGGCUUUCGGCAUCGGCACGUCCGAGGUCGAGCACGUGUUGGCCACGCAGACCGUCAUCCAGACCAAGUCCCAGAACAUGCGCUUGUACUUUGCCGGCGCGUUGGCCGCGGGCGUCACGUCCAAGGACUUGGUGUUGCAUGCCAUCGGCGUGAUCGGCACGGCGGGCGGCACCGGCUGUGUCAUUGAGUUUGCCGGGCCGGCCAUCGAGGCCUUGUCCAUGGAGGCGCGCAUGUCCAUCUGCAACAUGGCCAUCGAGGCCGGCGCCCGUGCAGGCAUGAUCCGCCCGGACGAGGUCACCUUCAACUACAUCAAGGGCCGGCCGUUGGCGCCCGCGGGCGCCCAGUGGGACAAGGCCGUGCGGUACUGGCAGACGCUCUACUCGGACGAGGGCGCGCGGUUCGAUUACGACAUCCGCAUCAACGCCGCGGACAUCGUGCCCACCGUCACGUGGGGGAACUCGCCGCAGGACGCGUUGCCCAUCACCGCCCGUGUGCCGGACCCGGCCCAGGUUGCCGACCCCAUCAGAAAGGCGGGCAUGGAGCGUGCGCUCCAGUACCAGGGCUUGGCGCCCAACACGCCGUUGCAGGACAUCGCCAUCGACAAGGCGUUCAUCGGCUCGUGCACCAACUCGCGCAUCGAGGACUUGCGGGCCGCGGCGCGCGUCGCCAAAGGCCACCGCAAGGCGGACAGUGUCAAGUUGGUGUUGGUCGUGCCGGGCCUGGGCUUGGUCAAGCGGCAGGCCGAGGCCGAGGGCUUGCACCGGGUCUUCGAGAACGCCGGCUUCUCGUGGCGCGAGGCCGGCUGCUCCAUGUGCUUGGGCAUGAAUCCCGACAUCUUGGACCCCGAGGAGAGGUGCGCGUCCACGUCCAACCGCAACUUCGAGGGCCGCCAGGGCGCGCGUUCCAGAACGCACUUGAUGUCGCCGGCCAUGGCCGCCGCGGCCGCGAUCAAGGGCCAUUUCGUCGACAUCCGGGACUGGCAGUACCACACCAGCGACGAGCCCGCCGUGCACAUCGAGCUGGGCGAGGACCAGGAGUUGCAGGACGCCGUGUACGAGCACGAGAAGCAGCCCUUGGAGUGCUCCGAAGCGCUCGCGGACGACCGCUUGAAGGAUAUCCCACAGGACCUGACGACGCAGCAAACGUCCGGCCCGGCCGGCCCGCAAAGCGCCGGCAUGGACAAGUUCGGCGUGUUGACCGGCAUCACCGCGCCGUUGGACAAGAGCAACGUCGACACGGACGCCAUCAUCCCCAAGCAGUUCUUGAAGACCAUCAAGCGAACCGGCUUGAAGAAGGGCUUGUUCUAUGAGUUGCGUUUCGAGAAGGACGCGGCCGGCAAGGACGUCGAGACGGACUUUGCGUUGAAUGUCGAGCCGUACAGGAACGCCGAGAUCUUGUUGGUCACUGGUGACAACUUCGGCUGUGGCUCGUCGCGUGAGCACGCGCCCUGGGCGCUCAAGGACUUCGGCAUCAAGUCCAUGAUCGCGCCCUCGUUCGGCGACAUCUUCUACAACAACUCGUUCAAGAACGGCUUGUUGCCCAUCAGACUCCCGCAGGAGGUCAUCUUGUCGAAGUUGUACCCCGUUGCUGCUGCCGGGAAGAAGCUCACGAUCGACUUGCCCACCCAGCAGAUCCGCGCCGCCGAGUCCGACGAGGUCUUGGUCGACCACUUCGAGGUCGAGCCGUUCAGAAAGCACUGCUUGUUGAACGGCUUGGACGACAUCGGCUUGACGCUCCAGAAGGAGGAGUACAUCCAGAGGUUCGAGGCCAGGAGGAAAGACGUGUUUUCCUUCUUGGAGGGCGGCUCCAAGCUCGUCAAGCCCAUCAAGGGCGCCAAGAAAUCCAAGUACGGGCUCAAGACACAGGAGUGGUGAGCCUGCCCUUGUUCUGCGCCGAUAUGGUAUGUAUAAUGAGAUGUUGUUCACGAAUAAGACCCUGCUUUUUCUGCGCCGAUAUAGUAUGUAUAAUGAGAUGUUGUUCACGAAUAAGACCCUGCUUUUUCUGCGCCGAUAUAGAAUGUAUCAUGAGAUGUUGUUCACGAAUAAGACCCUGCAUUUUCUGCCAUCCGAGCGCCGCUUCCCAACACUCGUGUUUGGCGUUCUGCACGUUCGAAAU